UUGCAGAAAUAUAGGACUCCCUUUAGCAGAACAUCAUUUGCGGUCUUCUCUCUCUUUUUAACACAUGCAAUGGCUGGAGAUAUAGUCUAUGCUGACAUCAAAACUGUUAAAUCUCCACUGCAGAGAUCUGAUUCUCACCACCAUGGAAUUUUCCUGAAAGUUGAGUGUGCAAUGAUUAUCAUCCUCCUUGUGAUAACAAUUGUGCUGAGCAUUUUUGUUAUCCAACUCAAAUCUGCAAGACAUAAUAAGGUGGAUAAUGAAUCAAAAGAGAAAUACUGUACUGGGAAAAAUAAAUCUGGAACAAUCACCUCAAUAGUUUCUUCUAACUCUUCUACUGCUCAUAAAUCAUGCCCCUCCAAAGAUUGGAAGCUACAUGAGGGAAAAUGUUACUGGGUUUCUGAAAAUAAGAAAUCUUGGAAUGAAAGUAAAAAUGACUGCGCCAUGAAAAAUUCACAUCUCAUGGUGAUUCAAGACUUCAUUGAUAUGAGUUUCCUAUGGUUGUACCUAAAUACUUCAGCCUUUUAUUGGAUUGGCUUGAGCAUUCCCCCUGGAGGCCGCUCAUGGACCUGGGUGGACAACAGCUCUUUUGAUCCCAGUCUGUUUUCAAUAAAAGAAAAACAACCUCAGACCCGGAGCAUGAAAUGUGCCCAUGUGUCUCUUAGUAGGACAGCUGAACAAAAUUGUAAAGACAAUAAUCAGUGGAUUUGCCAACUGUAACCCACUCUGCAAAACAUCAGUCUCCAUUUUUCUGACUGAAAGACACCAGGUGAAGGUUGAACUCACACCAUAGGAAAGUCCAGAGGGUUGUGUGUUUCCUAGAGGGCUGUGUGUGUGCAUGUGUGUGUGAGUGUGUGUGUGUUCAUUUAUGAUUGGUGUGAGUAUAGUACUAUUUCUCAGAGAUAUGGGAAAGGUGCCAGAGAAAAGAAAAUGUUAUAUAAAUGAGUAGAUAUGAUGAAUAUAUUUUUUCACGUGAAUUAUCAAGGCAAUUAUUCAAUCAUCAGUCUCAUUAUGCCUGUAUUUUUGGAACUUCAGUCUUUAUCUUCUUUAUACCUUUCCUCUACAAUAUUCUUAGCUAAUGUCUUACCUUCUCCAAGUUUCCAUUACCACAUGCAAAACAAUACAUAUCAAAUUUAUAUUUCUAGCCCAGAGCAGCAGAUCCACAUACUGUACUGCCUAUUUAACACAUCAAAUCUAAAAUCUCAAAGGUACUUCAAACACAAUAUAUAAAAAUAAUUCAUUAACUUUCCUCACAAAAGAAACCAUCUUCCAGUACUCCACA